AUGAGCAACAACUCCGACGUUGUUAACGCCUUGAAGCUUGAAGGCAACACCUUUCACCAGCAAAAUGACUUCAAGGCGGCACAUUCGAAGUAUACACAAGCCAUCAAUGUUUGCGACCCUGCAGACACGGGAACAUUGGCUAUUCUUUUCGCAAAUCGUGCCGCAUCGUCCUUGAAUCUCAAGAAUUAUCUGGACGCACUUCAUGAUGGUCGACAGGCUACAACGGCAGAUCCAACCUACGCAAAGGGCUUCAUCCGUGUCGCCACUGCUGCUGAUGCAAUCGACAUGUGGGCCAUCUCCUCCGAGGCAUGGUCAAAGAUGUCGGAGUUGACCUCAGAUGCGACGCAGAAAGCUAUCUACCGAGCUAAAUCUGAGGCCGCAAGGUCCAAAAAUGCCAACCACGAAGUGAAACUCGCGACAAACAGCUUCCGAACCGAGUUCAGUACAAGACAAUUGCCAUGGACUCGAGCGAUAGCAAUGCUAGAGAACGGCACUCUUCCUCCUGGGCCUGGCCAGAGCAGCGGUCAUGUUAUCAUUCAAGCGUACACAGAGUUUAAGCCUGGUCUCGACAACCUAAGGAGGAUCUCGAUAACCCCUCGUGCCAAUGGGGUGAUGGUCAUACCCGCGGGCAAAGUUCUCGAACCAUUCAUCAACGGUAUACUUUGCGACCCCCGCGCAUUUCAUGCGGAUAUUCCCGACUUCUUCGAGAAACUCACCCGACAAAUACGGGCUGAAGUCGAAAAUUCUAAAGGUUGGCCGUCAAGUGGUCCAACACAGAUCAUGCAGGACAUCCCCAGGAAGUUGCAGGAAUCGAAUUGGGCUGCGGUCCGUCCAGCAAUAGCAAUUACCAUAAGGGCUUGGAUUUUUCGCGCGUUCAUGAACUCCAACAUGGGGCAGGAGGCACAGGCCGAUGAAUUUUAUAAGCGAGCCGUAGAUGUAAUCGAGUGGGGGCGUCGAAAAUACCCAAACGUUCCAAGAGAAGAUCGUGGGUCUAUUUUCGAAGCCACCAUUCUCCGGGGCGUACGCACUUUGCGUCUGCAAAAUAUACUGACCAUCGGUGACCACGAAGGCAACUACACUUUGGAGGACAUCGAAAAUCUGGCCCUUGAACUCAAAAGCGAGACCGAAGCAAGUGAGCGGCCGACGGCUUUCAACGGCUAUGGGUUCUUCGCGUUUUGGACCUAUCCAUUAGCUGAGGCAAUUUCUGCUCUUGGUUGGGUCCAUAUGCGUCGCGGAUUUGCACUUCAGCGUCGUUCGGAAGAGCUGGGUGAGGAUUCGAAUGGAGAAUCACCAGUCCUGGACAAGGCCGAAGACGAAUAUGCUCUCGCCGCCCAGUACUACUAUCAAGCGGCGGAAACUUACCCUGAAGACGACAUUCAUCACGUGGAAAUGCUGCUCCUUGCGCUUGAAGCUGAAUGGCGCGGUUGCUCGUCGUUGAAGGCCACAUUCCCCCUUGCUCGUAGAAUCUCCAAGGCGGUUCCCGUCGUUUCGAAGAUUUGGCAAGCCAAGAUUAACCAGCACAUUACCGCUAAACUCAAGGAAGUCACCGAUUUCCUGGAGGAUUGUCAACGCAACCUUUCUCGAGGAAUCUGGACAAUCGAUGAAUCCUGCGGGCCACCACAUUAUUUUGUGGCCCCUCCGACAGCUCUGCAAAGCGGUAACGCAGGUGCUCAUGAUUCAAACGACUCGGAGGAAGAGACAUGA